CAAUUGUAGAAAAAGGCAACGAUGUCAGAGGUAUCAAACGCGGGUCCCUCAUCACAGGUAGCCUCAACAUCCAAUAAUGUCCGCUCUUUGACGUCUAAGCCGGCUCGCAAACAAGUCACACAUCGUGAAGUGGAGAACAUUCGUCAAUCGACAGACAAAGCAAAUCAAAGUGGAAUAACAUACAAUAUUUGGUAUAAUAAAUACUCUGGAGGUGAAUAUGAUGAUGGCAAAACCCAGAAUGUUAAAUCAUCAACAAGAGUAAAGAUUGCCAAAGAUGCCGGCUAUACAAGGGCAAAUCGGAAUGGCGGUGCAUUUGUAUGCCUGUUCUUUGCGAGAGGCUAUUGUCCCAACGGUCAAGAUUGUACGUUUCUGCAUAUGCUGCCGGUAGAUGUUCCCGAUCAAGGUCAUGAUGUAUUUGGAAGGGAAAAGCAUGGUGACUUUAGAGAUGAUAUGGGAGGUGUUGGAUCUAUUCAGCGUGUAAAUCGAACAUUGUAUGUCGGACACAUACACGAAGAAUCCAAUGAUAUGUCAAGCAGGCAACAACAACAGCAACAACGUCAAAAACAUGCAAAUGGCGAUCGAAAGGAUACCAAAUGGAACGCAUUCAGCGAAAGUGGAGGAAAAGGCUGGGAUCGAUCUCAACCAAAAAAUCAAAUGAGUCCUACUGAAAAAGUACUCUUUCGACAUUUCAGUGAAUUCGGUGAUUUGGAACGUAUUCGAGUUUUGCAUUCUCGUGGUUGUGGUUUUGUGACAUAUAAACGUGAAGUAGACGCUCAAUUUGCUAAAGAGGCCAUGAUGCAUCAAUCACUCGAUCAUAAUGAAUGUAUCAAUCUUCGAUGGGCAACGGACGAUCCCAAUCUGGGAGCACAAAAGCGGGAUAGACUUGAACGGGAACGAGAGGGAAUGCAGGCUAUCAAAGCGAAUAUAUCUGAAGAAGCAAGACGAGCCGGUCAAAGCCUCUUGGAGCUCGAGCAAGCCGCGACGCUGGAAGGUUAUGAUGAUGAAGAAGCUGGCGAUCCAAAGAGACUACGCAUUGAAGCCUCAGAAGAAGGAGAGAAUGAUAAUGGUAUGAAUGGAGUGAGCGAAGAGGAAUAUCAGCAAUUGCUGGAAGAAAACAAGCGGAAUUGGGAAAAGAUUGAACAAGAAGAUGCUGAACUUCAAGCAAAAGCUGUGGCGGAAAUUGAAGCGGCAGAAGAGGCAGCUGCAAACGUAUCCAGUAAUGGAGAUAGCGCCAUCCUCCCCAAUGAAACCGACAAGGAGAACGGGCUGUUUGAUAAGAAAGCUUUAGAAGCAUUACACGCUCUUCGCAAGAAACAGCAACCCACACCUGCUGCCUUGCCAUCCAAAUCAGCGCUCACCGGUCUUGCAGAUUAUGGAAGCGAUAGCGAUUGAAUUUAGCGGAAUGAAGAUACCCUAUGCGAUUGUACAAUGAGAUCGUUAAGACAAUGUAUUUUACUGAAGUAUGAAGCAACAAAAAGUUUUGUGUGAUAUAAAACAAAUAAACAAAACCGUAACAAUUAACAAGCUGUAAAAGAAUCGU